AUGGCUGUCUAGCUAUACAAAGGCCAGAAUGCUCAUAUAUCCUCCUUAUCAGGCAGCUAUGUUCAGAACCAGGAAGCAACUACUGAGUUGUUGCAGCCCCAUCUCCAUCAGGUUAACUGUACGUGGUGCAUAGCUGAGGGGCAUGUGAACCAGGGGUGGUCAGGAUGCCGUUUAGGGUAACCAACCAGAUGAAGGCAGGGCAGGGUCUCCGACAGGAGGAAACCUUGCAAGGGCCCUGAGUUUCCAGGCUGCCUGUGGAGACCUUUAUGACAUGGUCUGGAACUCAGCUGGGGGCUAGGCUGCUAGGGCUCAGGCUGCUGAGUCUGCACAGGCCUGCCUGACAAACAUGGAUGCCAUCCAGAACUACUGCUACUUUGCCAGUUGCUGGGACCUCUGUUUCCUUCUCAGCAGCACCAUUGUUCUGACUCUGCUCACCUGCCUCGCCCGGAAGAUCCUACAUGGCUCCUUUCUGUGGGAUGGAAGAGGCAGUCAGCUCUGGGAGAGAAGCCAGGCAGGGCCUCCGCGCUGUACAGAUCUUCACUCCAGAACACAACAGAUGAUGCUGUAUGAAGCUUUGGAAAUUUGGGGAAAGACUGAGCUGGAGAGUCAAGGCUGGCUUCAAGCAGAUGCAGGGGAGAGAGAAGACCAUGAAAGUGCCAAGGCCUCUCUGGCAUCCCAGUCCAAAGGUUGGGUUGGUCAAAAUGAAAGCCUUUGCUGCUCCUCUUCAGAUGUAUCUGAAGCUUCUUUCAGCAGCAGGACAGACUACAGUUCCUCUUCUGGUCAGUCCAAUGGAUCACUUCAGAGCUGGAUAGACAGUGGUCACCAAGAGGUCAUUCUCCAACAGGAAGCAUUCUAUGAGCACUCUUUGCAGAUCGAGAGUGAGGUCUCUUCUAAGAGCGAGGGAGAAACUGGCCAGGAGAAGCAGGACAUCUUUCCCAAUGGGAGGAAACAUCUCCCCAGUUCAUGUCGAGGGACCACUCCUGGUAGACAUCAUGGGAGACGAGGGCGUACAGGGCAGAGAAGUAUAUUGACAUCCCUUGGAACCCAGAAGCUACCGAGAAUGACGUUUCCUGCCAUGGACACCCCGUUUGUGCCAGAGGCUGUAAGGGCGGCCUUGGAACGGCACUUGGUUGCAAAGAGAGUUCAACACAACAUAGGGCUGUCCAGAGUCCUCCUCAGGUCAAUCUGGUCUUUGAUGCCCCUUGCUUCUGUUUCAAUUUCUGGGAAGCCUGUGAAAGGCACUGCUGCAGUGACCAGGCCCCACUCCCUCUCCUUUCUGAGUGUGGACUCCAAGACAAGACUUGAAAAACAGCUCAAAAAGAUGGUGCACCUCAAGUGCUGGGGGCUGCCACGCAGGGUUCAGGAAGCCGUCAAGCACAUGGAUUUUCAUCCCCGUACACCUGGUUCAGCACAUGCAAUCGGGAAAGAAAAUCAGAGGACUGGAAAGGCACAACAGCAAGCCAAGGACAUGGCCUUCAGAUCUGCCUGUGCCUGUCGGUCAAGCCUUCCUGAACCUGGACAGCAUUCUCAGAAGAUGGCUGCAGCAAAGGCAAGGAAAGUGGCUUUCCUGCAGGCACAGAGCUGUCCUCCGCCAUCCAGCAGGCAAAGUCUCCGGAAGAAAGGGGAACGUGUAGUGCUGAUGUCCAACAAGGUGCCCUUCCAGGGAGCCCAAUCCACCCAUCCCUUGGCCACAGUGAUACCCAGUGCUCCACCCUGGAUGCCUCCCACUGCUGAGUCUGGAAGUGCACAGCUGGGGGUACCCACUCAUUUGGAGGUUCUGGAGUCUCACAUCCUCAGGAAGAGGCUACAGCACCAGUGGGGCCUGCCCAGCCUGACCCAGCGAUCCUUGUGCCGGUUCCUUCCAGCUCCGCCUCCCUCCACUGCCCGCCCCGAUUCCCCAUGGUGUGCUCAACUGAAAGAGAAUACUCUUCCAGUCACCAACCAGCUCACUUUCAUCCCCCUGGGGACCAAGAAGCUGCUGGAGAACCACCUCAAGCGUAUGAUUGUAGAGAGGCAAUGGGGCCUUCCCAAGAGGGUCAAGGAGUCUCUUCGGGGCUUCAUACCAGUCUCUGCACCACUGACCAAGAGGCCCAGGGAAGGGGAGAAGGCCCCACUGUCCCCUGAACUGAGGAGACCCAAAAUGAAGGGGCCUCCACCGAAAAAAGCAUCAAGUCCCCCGGAACGACCAGCUGGCUGCUCAGAGAGGCGGCCCCUACAAGGCCUCUGCGAGUGGAAACAAGGCAUGGCAGGACCUUUAGCCAAGAAAGCCCUGAAGAUCCAGCUGGACUUCCUUUCCCAUCGGGAAAUCACCCACCAAGCUGAGAAAAGCAGCCUUCCCAAAGUCCUCCCGCCUGGGCUGAAAGGUGUUCGGCUGCGGUCCCAGCAACUCCCCUUUGUGGAGCAUGAUAUACUGGAUCGUAUCCAAUUUAACAUCAAGCACAAGCAGCUGGCCCACAGGUGGGGGCUGCCCACGCUUUACAGCAAGUCAGUGGCUUGCCUCUUCCAUGGAACGGCCCCACCAGCUCCGGACCACCUUUUGCCCGCUGAGGCGACCACAGUCAGGUUCUCUGCUGCAGAGACGCUGUUCAUUGCAAAAGGGAUCCGAGAGAAGCUGGAGUGGCACGUCAAGAGGAAGCGGUUGCAGCACGCCUGGGGGCUGCCGGACCUUGUCCAGAGAUCCCUCCGCCAGCUUCUCCCCGCUGUCCCCCUGCAGUGUCGCCAAAAGCCUGGGCUGAGGAAUGUGAUCGUUCUUCCAGACCAGCUCUCCUUCCUCAGCAAAGAAACCACCCACAAGCUGAACCGGAACGUUCUGAAAAGAGUCGUCCUCCAGCGAUGGGGGCUGCCCAGCAGAGUUCUGCAGUCCCUGAGACUGCUGUGCCCAGAGAUGGGAUUUGGCUCCCCAGGCAGGAACGCAUCAAAGCCUCACCAGGCCCUGUCUGACAGCAUCCGUGGAGAUUUCCCAGGGCCUUCAGCAGUAAGUGGUGACAGAAGAAUCAGGAGCAGGAGAACUGCUGUUGCCCCACAUAGGGUGCCUUUGCCCUGCCCCAUGCUGGGGCCCGAGGAACUGGAGAAGAUGGAGCACCACUUGGCCAAGAAAUCUGUGGAGGUGCAGUUGGGGGCCUUCCCCCCUCUCUCUAGGUUCUCUUGGCGCCUCGUAUUGCUCUCCACAAAACAGCUUCUCCCCAGGCUAAUCUGUCCCAGCCAGAGAUCCCUACAACUUCGCAGCGGUUUCCUGCCAUUUGUACCCCCAGAUGACGUGGUUCGGUUGGAGCUCUCUGUCUGUCGGAGACACUUGGCCUCCCUGUGGGAGCUGGGCUUGCGCUACGUGGAGGCACUCGGUGGGAUGGUGCCCAAGCCCCGCCCUGUUUCGCUCCCGCCCAGAAGGACGGGCAUUGAGUUCACAGAGGUGCACAUCAUAUUCCUUCCACAACCAGCCAAAGACGCCCUGGAAGUGCACAUCCAGAAGAAGAGGCUGCAGCAUCUGUGGGGUGUCCCUGCUCUCAUCCGGCGGUCGCUGGAGGCCUUUAUGCAAGGGUUCCCCCAACUGCCUUCUCGCCAAUCGACCGAGGUUCAUGUGAGCACCAUGCGGCAGGAACUCUCUUUCCUUCCCUGUAGCGUCUGCAGCCACCUGGAACUCCAUGUGCAGAAGACGAAGCUGCAUCGACAAUGGGGUUUGCCCAGGAGGGUCCUGGCAUCCCUGAAGUGCCUGUGUCCAGAGGCUGGAAGUCUUGCCCUGAGACAAAAAGUGGCAAGGGCUCCCUUUGGCUUGCUGCACUCAGGAGGUGGCAGUCCCCCUGAAUUGUGGUCUGUGGGUACAGUAUCCAUGGGGCCAGGCACCAGGAAAGCGGAAAGAAUUGUGGGAGAUGCCACUCCACAGCCACUGCCCCCAGAGUGGUCUGUGGGUACUGUGUCCAUGGGGCCAGGCACCAGGAAAGCGAAAAGAAUUGUGGGAGAUGCCACCCCACAGCCACUGCCCCCAGAGUCGUGGUCUGUGGGUACAGUGUCCACGGGGCCAGGCACCAAGAAAGCAGAAAGAAUGGUGAGAACUGCUGCCUCACAGCCUCUGCCCUCCAUCCUGGCAGCCAAAGACCUGGAGAAGGUAAAGCUCCGUCUGGCUAGGAAGUGUGUGGAGGUCCAGCUGGGAGCCUUACCAGCCAUGGUCAAGUUGUCUUGGCGUCGUGCAGCACUUUCUUCGAGGCAGCCUCUCCCCCAGCUCAUCCUCCCUGGCCGCAGGGCCCUGCAACCACGCCGCCACUUCCUCACCUUUGCACGGAGAGAGGAUGUCGAAAGGAUGGAGUUGGCUGUGCAGCACAACCACUUGAUCUCCCUCUGGGGACUGGGCGUCAGCUACGUGGAGGCUCUGGGAGUAAUGAUGCCCAAACCGCCUUUACAGCCUCCCAGACGCAGAACAACUGCCUUCCGGUUCUUGGACAUGAAGACACCAUUUCUCCGGGAACAGGAAAGGGAGGCCUUAGAACUGCAUGUGAAAAAGAAAAAGAUCCAGCACAUGUGGGGCUUGCCGGUCCUCAUCCAGAGGUCACUUCUGUGUUUCACACACAGGACUCCCUCAGUCCACAUCUGUCACAAGGCCAAGAUUGUUGUCCGUAUCGAGCAUCUGCAGCCCUCCUUCAUUUCUGAAGGCAUCUGCAGGUCCUUGGAGCUCCAUAUUCAGAAGAUGAAGCUCCAGCGGCUGUGGAGAUUGCCUGGCAGAGUCCGUGAGGCCUUGAAGGGCUUUGUCCCCUCUAGUUCUUUGGUAAUCAUGGGAAGGGACAGUCGGCCACAAAGAUCCAUUCUCACCACUCAGAAUCUGCUUAGGUUCACAGAAGGCCUGAACUUCACUGAGGAAAUGCGUGGCCGAGAUAAACCUGGUGCUGAUGUACGACAGAGAGCUGAGGACGAAGAGGAGGUUCAGCUAGAAGAGUCACAGGUAUGUGGAGGAGAGACAUCCACAGAAGAAUCUACUAGUGGAAAAGGGAUCUCGACAGGAUGCAGCAUUGGUCCAGUAAGUAUCAGCCAUGAGGAGAAAGAGAUGGAUGUAUCCUGGAAGUUCCGAAAGGAAGAUGCUGCACCAUAUCCAGCCUCCCGAGUCCAGCUGGUGACCAUGGAAAGCAAGGCACCUCUGACAGCAAAAAAGAUGACUUCCGCUGGGAAUGAGCCUCUGAGGAUGAUGCGUUCACAGAGCGAAGGUGGGGGAGAGCGCGUUCGCCAGCCUCAAUUCCUGCUGAAGGGAGACAGCAUGCUCCCUGUCCCUCACAAGGCCAUUGACAAGAAACUGUCCUUAAUCGGUUCAAUCCUAGAGAAGAAAUUGUACCUGAAGCAUGGACUUCAGGCCUGGCUGAGAAACCAGGAGAGAGAGAGAAAGCUAGGCACUAUCAGCCAAGAAAAACUGGUGGUAAGCAAAGAGCGGCGGUCGAGCAGCAAAGAGCGGCGGUCGAGCAGCAAAGAGCGGCGGUCGAGCAGCAAAGAGCGGCGGUCGAGCAGCAAAGAGCGGCGGUCGAGCAGCAAAGAGCGGCGGUCGAGCAGCAAAGAGCGGCGGUCGAGCAGCAAAGAGCGGCGGUCGAGCAGCAAAGAGCGGCGGUCGAGCAGCAAAGAGCGGCGGUCGAGCAGCAAAGAGCGGCGGUCGAGCAGCAAAGAGCGGCGGUCGAGCAGCAAAGAGCGGCGGUCGAGCAGCAAAGAGCGGCGGUCGAGCAGCAAAGAGCGGCGGUCGAGCAGCAAAGAGCGGCGGUCGAGCAGCAAAGAGCGGAGACUGAUCAGGAAGAGGUCGAGUAGCAAGGAUGACAGAUCCAGUACCAGCAAAAGGAGCUCUAGAUCAAAAAGACGCACCACGGCCCGGAACCAGACCCCCCGCCCUUCGGGCAUCACGUACCAAAGCCCUCAGCUCUGCCGGCUAUAA